ACUGUGUGCGAGGAGCACGCCAGGUUGGAUCCAGUCCACAUUUAUUAAUUUUCCCUUAUCAGUGUUCAAUAUUGAAAAUGGAAAGCAAACAGCUGGUGCGGAUGCUGUCAGCAGAUAGACCUUAGUCUCUAUUGAAAAACAAGAGCGAGUCAAUAGAGAAGCACAGCUGAGAGGUCCAGUGUGCUUUACGGACUGAAACGUCGCGCUCUACUGAGGCCUCCUUCUUCUGUGGACUGUAUGGAAGACAGCAACCAUGCAACACUGUGAUUAUUAUCUGUGCCUCACUGUCUACAUCGUUACUUUCAUCACCGGCUUCCCGGCCAACGUCUUGGCCUUCUACACACUCAUCCGCAAGGUCUGGAGAAAGCCGGCACCCAUCGACAUCCUCCUCCUCAACCUGAUAAUCUCAGACUUGCUCUUCCUCAUCUUCCUCCCCUUUAAGAUGCAAGAAGUGGCCAAUAAUAUGGUGUGGAAUAUUGACUACUUUCUGUGUCCGCUGUCUGGUUUUGUCUUCUACAUGACCAUCUAUAACAGCACCUUCUUCUUGACCGCGGUGAGCGUGGAGCGCUACCUCGGCGUGGCGUUCCCAAUCCAGCACUCUCUGUGGAGAAGACCCAUCUACGCCGUGUUCGCCAGCAUCUUCAUUUGGUUGCUUUCCAUCCUCCAUCUCAGCAUUGUCUACAUCGUGCCCUACUACGACCCAUCCGGGAUAGUCCCACCGUCUAGGAACGUUUGCUAUGAGGGAUUCACAGAUGCUCAACUCGAGAUCCUCUUGCCCGUACGCUUGGAGUUAUGCAUUGUCCUCUUCUGCAUUCCCUUACUUAUCUGUAGUUUCUGCUAUAUAAACUUCAUCCGGAUUCUUUCAAAGCUGCCAAACAUCGGCCGACGGAGAAAGCUGAGGGCGAUUGGAUUGGCUUUGGGAACGUUAUUGGUGUUUGUGCUCUGUUUUGGACCGUACAAUGUUUCCCAUGUUGUUGGCUUCAUAACCAAGUCAAGCCCUGCUUGGAGAGACAAAGCUCUUCUUCUCAGCACGUUCAACGCUUGUUUGGACCCGAUUAUUUUUUACUUCACCUCUGCGGCUGUAAGAAACACACUUGGGGCGAUGAUGAGAGGCAUUUGGAGUAGAUGUUGGUGUCCACGAGUCCUAUGGAGCUCCAGGAAGGAACCUACUGAAACUGAGAAAAACAGUCUCCCGAAGCCACAGGAGAUCACGAACGCACUUUGACCAAUGUUUUAUCAUUUAGGACAGGGAACGACCAUGCAAUUAUUUUUUGUACACAAAUGCAGCAUGGUAAACAUUACUCAACUUCCUUGUAAGACGGAGAUGACAAGCAAUGCCAAAACAUUACCAGCACAACUUACAUGUAGUACGAAAAGGAAAACACUGUUACCAAACCUGAACAUAGAGACUGAAUUAAAUGUGGGCAAAAAAAGGAUAAACUUCCUUUUGUAUAGUGUGUUUAUUCAUCCGUGGUGUGAGCUCAUCUUUAUAACAAACUUGUCAUCAUUCACUUUAUUGAAUAUAAACAGACAGCAGUUUGAGGACAUUGAUCACCGGGAUAAAUGAACAACAGCCGUCGGCCGUAUGAAGGUCAACAGAAGCGCCGCUCUCAAGCAUGUCACGUAAAUAUUUGAAAUGUUUCCAUUCUAAAGGCCGAUGCUUAUCUGGAAGCUGAUAGUGUGGUUUUCUGAUGGUUUGUGUGCGUGUUUGAUGGAGGGUGCAUGAUAGAGACUUCUCUUGAAAUAUCCAGGAAAUGGCCAAACUUGCACCACAGACAAUAAUGGUGAACGAAAUGAA